AUGACCAACCAAACUUUUUUAUCCGCCGAAGUGUCCAAACAGACUCAUUCGCCACAACUGCAAUCAAACCUCAAAAACUUCAAAAUGGCCGACGAAGGACUCAAUAUCUACGACGAGAUCGAGAUCGAAGACAUGACCUUCGACCCGAACGUCCAGAUCUACACAUAUCCCUGCCCAUGCGGGGACCGCUUCGAGAUCGCAAUCGACGAUUUGCGCGACGGCGAAGAAAUCGCCGUGUGCCCCAGCUGCAGUCUGAUGAUCCGGGUGAUUUUCGACGUGGCCGAUCUUCCCAAAGCAUGA